GCUGGGACACAGCAAGGCACAGCACUGGGUGUAUUUCCACAGGUAUUUCCAGUCACAGCCAGCAUGCCCCAAUGGCGGUGGCGCCGGGAGCCCUCCUGACCCUGCCCUGGCACCCCAAAUCACCUCCAACCCCUACCCUAAUGACAUGGUGGCUGCCUACAUCUCCCUGGAGGUGAAGGACACCCUCCGUCCUGACACCGAGUACCUGCGCGUCCUCAUGAUGGACACCCUGCCUGUAUCCGUCUGCUUUGACCCCACAGCAGCCAAGAUCCACGGCGUGUCCACCUGCCAUCCCAUCGUACGACCCAACAAUGGCUUCUGGCAGCAGCUCAUUCCCUACGAGUACAAACCCUUGGGCGUCAACAGGGUCUGAACGAUCAGCUCUGCUGGAGUGAUCCUCAACGUUUAUGAAAAUGAA